AUGCUCACUCCGUACAAAGAAACGGAAGCACACGGAAAAAACUUUGCAAGACCAUUGCCGGAGGUGUUAAAUGAUGAAGAGCAUUACGAGGUGGAAGAAAUUGUGGACUCAAAGAAGCAAGGAUGGGGAACCAAGUACUUGGUCAAAUGGAUGGGAUAUCCUGAAGCAGAUGACACCUGGGAACCCUACACUCUCCUAAAAGGGAUGGCGGAAGAAGCCAUGAAGAAGCUCCAUGACCGAUACCCCAAUAAACCCCCCAUCCCGUGGCCUCUUCCUCUCACCGGGUACGAAACAUUCCCAUAUCCCAGGGGGGUACCAACGAGGAGGAACCGCCUAUCUAUCGAAGGAACGAAGGAAGAAGGGGUCGAGGAACCCAAGCAACCCUCCAACAUGGAACAACUGUUGGCCGGAGUGUUCGACACCGGCCUGGAACGCCUCCUGCUGGUACUCGAUUUUGUGCGGACGAGGGACAGGAUAACCGGAGUAGCCGCAGAGCUUGCCACACUGAUUUGGAGGCUCGAAAAAAUUGCUCUUGGACUAGGUCUGAGCUCAACGCCUGGGAUGCUUUAG